AUGUCUUCACCUGGGCAUCCCCAAGGAUCUCCUGACAAGAUCGCCCCCAUCUUUACCGCUAUCAUGCAGGGCGAAACUCAAAGUGGUUCGCUACUUGCCUCCGCCUCGAAGGAAACAAGCAAAACCAACCCAUCAAAGAAGAGUAUCUCGGCUCUCACUACUUCGAAGCUUGCGAACCAAGGCCUCCCAAAGAAGAUGAAAUUCAGUCACGAUAUCUCUACUACAGGAGAUUCUUACCCUAUGGACAAACUCCUUGCCAAGCUCAACGAGCAGCAAGCUGUAGUCGACACCCUCAAGGCGAAUGAAGAAGCGAUUCAGUACGCAAGAAGUUUUGAUCAUGCGUCUUCGAGCAACUCCUUGCCCGUAACUCCCGCCACCGAUGCCUUCCCCAGCACAGCUCCUACUACACGACCUGCCAGUGCCGCUCUUGAUGAUGCUCGUGGCGAAAGCGAAGAAGUGGUUCGGCUGAAGGCACAACUCGCUCAAGCGGAGAACAAAAUCUCCAAACUUGGCCAGGAGUUGGCCGAGACUCGCGUCGUGAAGACCGGAAAUGAUACCUCUGGCCUCGGAAUUAACAGUUCGGGUUAUCCUGCUCGUGAAGGCCAAUGGCCAUCUCCAGACGAUGCUCAUUCUGAUACAAGCGAAGCUCUGUCCGCCUCUACAUUCAACCGCACCCGUGAAAUUUGGGGAAAUCACCCUGGCCCCUUCAACAAUACACUUCAGGCACCCGUCGCCGAACCAGCUCCUGGAAAGUGGCUUGGCGGACGCGGCUUCAAUCCACCGUGCCCGGAGCCCAAUGGAGCCCCUUACCCUAUCAUGGACGGCUACCGUAGUGAACGCCUGACUCCUGACGCAGAGAUGAUGCGCCCCAACUACGGACGCCGUGGCACCCGAAUGGAGAGUCGAUUCAACUCCCCCCAGCCAUUUGGAUCUGGUUAUGGCGGAGGCUACAACAGUCCCGCCAACCAGUCAGACUACAUGGGUAGUCCUAUUCCUGGAGCGCCUAUGAAUGCUCCUCAAGGCCUUGGUCCUAUGGGUGUUUAUCCGCCGUAUCCACUCCCUGCCGGAACACCUCUCUCACCUCACGCUUCUGAGUUCACUUCCGGGUCUGGAUGGAAGAACGAGAUUGGAUCGCCUUCCGUGUAUCCUCACAAGGGACUGGAUCCGAGAGAUGUUUUGUCUCCUAAUGAUCAGACCUACCUCCCCCCAACUGAGCCACUGAACUAUCGCCGUCUGUUGGAUCGCAAUGUCAAUUGCAACUGGAAGUACAUCGUUGACAAGAUCGUCUGCAAUAACGACCAGCAAGCCUCCAUCUUUCUACAGCAGAAACUCAAGGUCGGAACUCCGGAGCAGAAGUUUGAGAUCGUGGAUGCGAUCGUAGCACAGGCCUACCCAUUGAUGGUUAACCGGUUUGGUAAUUUCUUGGUGCAGCGAUGCUUUGAGCAUGGCACACCUGACCAGGUUAUCCACAUAGCUGAAGCUAUUCGAGGAAACACUUUGAAUCUCUCCAUGGAUCCCUUUGGCUGUCAUGUUGUUCAGAAGGCAUUCGAUUCUGUCCCUGAGAAUUUCAAGGCGAUCAUGGUUUCCGAACUGUUGCGACGAAUUCCAGAGACGGUUAUUCAUCGCUACGCCUGCCAUGUUUGGCAAAAGCUUUUUGAACUUCGUUGGACUGAAUCACCCCCACAGAUCAUGAAGUAUGUCAACGAGGCUCUGAACGGAAUGUGGCACGAAGUCGCUCUUGGAGAGACUGGCAGUCUUGUUGUGCAAAACAUCUUCGAGAACUGCCUCGAAGAGGAUAAGCGUCCUUGCAUUGAGGAGGUUCUUGCCAACAUUGAUAUUGUGGCCCAUGGCCAAUUCGGUAACUGGUGCAUCCAGCACAUCUGCGAACACGGUGCGCCCCCAGACCGCAGCAGGGCUGUUGACCAUGUCAUCCGCUAUGCUGCCGAAUACAGCACCGACCAGUUCGCUUCCAAGGUCGUCGAAAAGUGUCUUAAGAUCGGAGGUGCAGAGUUCCUCGGUCGUUACCUGGACCGAGUCUCAGAGGGUCGUCGCGACCGCACCCGCAUCCCGUUAAUUGAUAUCGCGAGUGAUCAGUACGGCAAUUAUCUCAUCCAGUGGAUUCUAAACAACGCCUCCCCUCAGCAUCGCGAGAAUGUCGCUGCCCACAUCCGGAAGCACAUGGUCUCUUUGCGUGGAAGCAAGUUCGGUUCUCGCGUCGGCAUGCUCUGCACCAACCAUGCUGUCGCAACUCGUCCUGGCCCUGGUGCUGGCCCUGGAAUGGGUGGGCGUAUGGGACCCGGACCACGCUACAACAACAACGGUUACCGCUGA